AAAAGUAUAAAGUUUUCUCCUAUGGCAUGUGAAUUUUUUAAGGAAGCUUCUCGUCCGGCGACGAAUCCUUUCAAAAGUAUUGUUAUCGGUUUCCGAUAUAAACAGUAUCCUCUGUAUCGAGGCAACACAAUUACCAAUUCAUAAUUGCGGACGUGCGGAGCAGUUCUUUAUUGUCGUCGAACAACUUUCUAAAUACUGACUCAAAAAUCUGGAGUUUCUGAUUACUUUCUUUUUUCUUUAGUAACUGAUAGAGUUUCUGAUAGCUUUAGUGUCAGGCUACCAUGGUUAUUUCGUUCCUGGAUCCAAUUCCUUCUCGUUCUUCGCACCUUAAUACUUUCUCGCACCUUUUAUCUUCUCCUCAGCUGUUUUCCAGUCAAUUUUCCUUUGUUUCCCUCCAAAUAUCCCGUUAUAAGAAAAUCAGACUCACUCCGAGAGCUCUACGAGAAUGGCGUGAGUAUGAGGACGCAGUCAAGCGAAAGGACCUGGCUACAGCUCUUAGGUUCUUGAAAUCCGUAGAAAUCAAUAAGAAUAAGGAUAAUACUGCUGAGAAGGUUAAUGGGUCUGUAUUGACUGGGCCGAUUGAGUCUGGUAUUAGUGAUUUGGGGUUGUUUGACGGUUCACAGAGGGAUUGGGAGGUUUUGGACACUUGUUUGAACGCUGACGAUAUGAGGCUUGUGGGCAGUGCGUAUGGGUUCCUUAAGAACAGAGGUUUCUUGCCCAAUUUCGGAAAAUUCAGCAACAUUGUGUUGGAGGGACCUAGAGAUGUGACACCGACUGUCUUCAAGUCUUCAACUGGUUUAGAAGUGUCUAAAUUUGCUCCAAAGAAGUGGGGUCUUUCAGGAAGUUCAAGUUUUGUUUUGGUUGCUUUUCUGGGCGGAGCUUCUUUUCUUCUUUCACAAGGGAUUGAUAUCAGACCUAACCUUGCAGCAAUAUUAGGACUAGCCUUUAUGGACUCUAUUUUCCUUGGUGGUACUUGUCUUGCUCAAAUCUCAAGUUACUGGCCUCCAUACAAGCGUCGAAUUUUAGUUCAUGAAGCAGGUCAUCUUCUGGUAGCAUACCUCAUGGGUUGCCCAAUUCGUGGUGUGAUUUUAGACCCAAUUGUUGCAAUGCAAAUGGGCAUUCAAGGCCAGGCAGGAACUCAGUUUUGGGAUGAAAAGAUGAAUAAGGAGCUUGCUGAAGGACAACUGAGUGGUGGUACCUUUGACAGGUACUGCAUGGUGCUUUUUGCUGGCAUUGCAGCUGAAGCUCUUGUUUACGGUGAGGCAGAGGGUGGAGAAAAUGAUGAAAAUCUAUUUAGGAGCAUCUCUGUUCUUUUGCAACCCCCAUUAUCCGUAGCCCAGAUGUCAAAUCAAGCAAGGUGGUCAGUACUACAGGCUUACAAUUUACUAAAAUGGCAGAAGCAUGCUCAUCGGGCUGCUGUUAAAGCUCUAGAAAGCGGUAGCAGUUUAAGUGUUGUAAUUAGGAGAAUUGAGGAAGCCAUGUCUUCUGGUACUUGAAAUGAAAAUCUUGGGAAGUGGCAGUUUUCUAUCUCCUUGUCGCAUAGAAGAAGGUGAAACACUCGGGGUCGUUGGAGAGAUUGACAUGAAGCAGGACAAGAUGCGGUUGACAAUUUUGUGUCGUGGUGGUGGGAGUAUACCUAGUUGCUCCUCCUCCUCCUCCUCCACCACUCCACUCCACUCCAGUCGAAUAUUAUAACAGUGUGUUAAAUUGCUGAGCUCAGUAGCGUGCUUGGGCCUCCAAGUGUUGGGACAUUGAGUUAACCUGCUGGAUCCGAUUGGAUAAUCUCGGGCUCUAUUGGGUUCCCAAUAUUGUAUACUCUCGAUUGUAUAAAUUUUUAAGAAAAUUUUGUAAGUUCUUUUUUCGUCACAAGAAAAUAGUAUAGGAAUUGUCAAAGGUUAUUAAUUUUUUUUAUUUUAAUUAAAGUUAAUAACUCAAAA